AUGGCGAUACCUCCAGCUCCUCACAUGACAUCCCUCAAUUUCAACAAUAUUGAGACUUUGAUCGGUUCUAACUACAAGAAGUGGAAGGAGGAUGUUGAAAUGGUUCUUGGCCUUAUGGAUCUCGAUUUGGCAUUAAGGAAGGAAAAACCUACAGCUAUUACUGCAGAGAGCACUGCAAAUCAUAAGGCAAAGUUUGAAAAGUGGGAGAGAACGAACCGAAUGUCACUAAUGAUUAUGAGGAAGGCUAUGGCUCCAUCAGUUAAAGGGGGUGUUCCAAAACAAGACAACGCAAAAAACUUCUUGGCUGCAGUCCGGGAAAAGUUUAAAGAAUCUGACAAGGCUGAAAUUGGGGCUUUUCUCACCCAAAUUACUUCCAUGAUUGAUGGUGAGGAAAGUGUCAGAGAACACAUUCUCAAAAUGGUUGAUCUUGCUCAGAAGUUGAAGGAUCUUGAAGUACCCAUGACUGACCAGUAUUUAGUUCAUAUGGCCUUGAACUCCUUGCCUUCAAAAUAUGGGCAGCUCAAGGUUUCAUAUAACACUUAG